AUGAACAAUUUGUCAAAAGUAAUAAGUGAUGAAAACUUACCUGAAGACUUUCUUACAGAAGGCGUUGUGCCGAGCAAAGUUCCAAACUUCAAGAAGAUAUUUCGUAGUACUGAUUUGAAGACUCUGAGUUGCAGGCGUAACUUUGGUGAUAUAAACUAUGAAUAUUCUGGUGAUAAACUUCCUAGAAACUUGUUGAGAGUUACUCCAACAGAAGCCCUUGAGUUCCAGACUACUACUGACAUGCAGAAAUAUAAGAAGUGGAGUAAUAGUCAAAGAUAUCAGAAGAUAUCUUCUCCAAAUACAAUAAAAACUAGAUUCUCUUCCAAAAACGGCAAUUGAAAUUUUCUUAAAGUUGCUUCUAAACUCAAGGUCGAAGAGCUUGAAAAUAUUCAACAAAAUUUCCAAGAGAUGAACCAAGAGGAACAGGUCAGGAUGUGUGAUGAUCAAAAAUAUGUAACGAUGGAGGACGUCGAACCCUUUGAUAAACAAGGCUAACUAUAAAUUUUUCACUUAAAAUUUUAU